AUUUGUUUCGACCACCCUUGGAAUAUUCACCGGUCACAGGCAUUUUUCAACGAAUAAGACAUAUGAUGAUUUGGCACAUAUUCUAAAGCCAACCACCCCCUCUACAGCAAGACAUUACCAGGCUCUGUUAUAUGACAACAUGUGGGCAAUAGCAUUGGCGAUCAAUACAACUAUUCAGAAGUAUGGCAUAGACGAAGUAAAGAAUUAUAAGCACAACAGUAACGAGAACAAAACGUUACUAGAAUCACUAUACAAAAAUCUUCUUGAAGAGGAGUUUGACGGAGUGUCGGGUCUUUAUUAUUACAACAAAACGUCUGGAGUAAGACAGACUGACAGCUACGUUGGGAUAUUGGACGCCAACGCGACAUUGUCCAAUAUCGGCUUUUUUAAUAAGAGAGAGAGAAACCUGACGAUGACAGAACCCGCUGACGUUAUAUGGAAGUCAAAAGAAUGAUAAAAGACGAAUGGCCGAUUAUGACCUGUGUAAUAAUUAUUGGUUGUAUUCUACUUGACGUCUAUGUAUUGGUUCACAUAGCUGACCUACAGACUGGUGUACAACCAG